AUGGCGGAUGCGAGUGGAGGUUCGCCAGUAUGCAACGACAGGUGUGGGUGCCCAACGCCGUGCCCCGGCGGUUUGGGUUGCGGGUGCAGGUCGAGUGAGUCGACCCUGACAGGAGAGGAGCACAGGAAAUGCUCGUGUGGGGAGCACUGCGGGUGCAACCCAUGUACUUGUGGAAGGAACGUUGAACUCAGUGGGACUGGAAAGGCCGUCUGCAGGUGCGGCCAAGGUUGCAGUUGUGACGCCUGUGCCUCUUGA